CAGGAUCUGGUAAGUCCUACACCAUGAUGGGUUCACAAGAAAAUAAAGGAAUAAUACCAAGGUUGUGUGAUACAUUAUUUGGCCUAAUUGCAAAACAAGAAAGCUCGCAACUCAAUUAUAAGGUCGAAGUCAGUUACAUGGAAAUUUAUAAUGAAAAGGUGCAUGAUUUGUUAGAUCCGCAGACAAAUAAACAGUCAUUGAAAGUACGAGAACAUAACGUACUUGGUCCUUAUGUGGAUGGUUUGUCACAGCUGGCUGUAACGUCGUUCGAGGACAUUGAUAAUUUGAUGGCGGAAGGUAACAAAUCAAGAACAGUAGCAGCAACAAACAUGAACAGUGAAUCGUCUAGAUCUCAUGCAGUAUUUACGAUUAUUUUAACGCAAACCUUGGUAGACACUAAAACAGGUGUGUCUGGUGAGAAAGUGAGCAGGAUGUCGCUGGUUGACUUAGCUGGAUCAGAGAGGGCUGUGAAACAGGAGCUGUUGGGGAAAGAUUGAAGGAGGGCUCUAAUAUAAAUAAAUCCUUAACAACGCUAGGUCUAGUCAUUUCCAAGUUAGCAGACCAGUCGUCGACGGGUAGUAAAAAUAAAGACAAAUUCGUGCCGUACAGAGAUUCAGUAUUGACGUGGCUGUUGAAAGAUAACCUGGGAGGUAACAGCAAAACAGUGAUGGUUGCUACAAUAUCCCCGGCAGCUGAUAACUACGAAGAAACGUUGUCAACGUUGAGAUAUGCUGAUAGAGCAAAGAGAAUAGUUAAUCAUGCUGUUGUUAAUGAAGAUCCUAAUGCUAGGAUAAUAAGGGAGCUGACAGAAGAAGUGGAAACUCUGCGAGAGAUGCUGAAGCAUGCUACUGGCUCUCCAGUUGGUGAUAUUCAAAGAGUUGACAUCCACCAAAAGCUGAGCGAGAGCGAAAAAUUAUACAAAGAAGUUUCCCAGACGUGGGAAGAAAAGUUAAUGAAAACCGAAAGGAUCCAGAACGAACGACAGCAAGCUUUAGAAAAAAUGGGCAUUAGCAUCCAAGAUUCCGGAAUCAAAGUAGAAAAGAAUAAAUACUACCUAGUGAACUUAAACGCAGAUCCAUCCCUGAACGAAUUAUUAGUUUAUUAUUUAAAAGAUAUAACAGUAGUAGGUGCUAACAGCAACGAUGUUGAUAUUCAGCUGUGUGGACUGGGUAUUCAACCAGAACAUUGCAUUAUCACAAUCGAGGAAAAUGGUUUGUUCCUGGAGCCAUUAGCAAACGCAAGAUCGUGUGUGAAUGGAUCUCAAGUUAGCCAAAAAACGCAGUUGAGACAUGGUGAUAGAAUCGUUUGGGGUCAUCAUCACUAUUUUCGAGUCAACUGCCCACGAUCAAUAUCAGCGGCGUCAGAACCUCAGACGCCAGCACAAAACAUUGACUAUAAUUUCGCACGUGACGAGCUGAUGACUAAUGAGUUAAGUAAUGAUCCAAUACAAGCUGCCAUUGCACGAUUAGAAAAACAACAUGAAGAAGAUAAGCAAGUGGCGUUAGAAAAACAACGUUUGGAGUACGAAAGGCAGUUCCAACAGCUGAGAAACAUGGUAUCCCCAUCAACUCCUUAUUCUCCUUAUUCGUACGACCCUCUACGUAUGGGCCUAAGCAAGACCACCCCUUGUACUCCAACAACACAGAUGAAGGUAGAAAGGUGGGCCCAGGAAAGAGAUGAAAUGUUCAGAAGGAGUAUAGGGCAAUUGAAGGAGGAUAUUCUUAGGGCAAAUUCAUUGGUGAAGGAAGCUAGCUUUCUUGGUGAUGAAAUGGGCAAGCAGACUAAGUUUAGUGUUACCCUGCAGAUCCCUCCAGAGAAUUUGAGCCCCAAUAGACGGAAAGGGGCAUUUGUGAGUGAACCAGCAAUUCUUGUAAAACGAAACAAUUCUAGUCAGGUGUGGUCCAUGGAGAAAUUAGAAAACAAAAUAAUAGACAUGAGAGAAUUAUAUGAAGAGCAAAAGAGAAGAGCUGAAGAAGGUGAAUGUGCUCUAGAUGAAACAAACUGGCCUGACCCGUUCUUUGAGUCACAAGAAAAUCAUAACCUGAUUGGAGUUGCUAAUAUAUUCCUGGAGUGCCUUUUCCAUGAUGUAACUCUAGAUUAUCACACUCCCAUUAUCAGCCAGCAAGGGGAAGUUGCUGGAAGGCUUCAGGUUGAACUUAGCAGAGUCGCUGGCACGUUUCCUCAAGACAGGAUAUGUGAAGCAGCUUCAGACAGCUCUUCAGAUUGCAGCCAUGACGAAGAUGAAUCUGGUAGCUCGCAAGUAACAAUACGAGUCCACAUAAAACAAGCGUCCGGCUUACCUCUAUCACUAGCAAACUUCGUGUUUUGCCAGUAUUCUUUCUGGUGGCAUCCUUCGGUUGUAGUACCAGCUAUUACCGAUCAGAACUCCCAGAAAAAUCCUACCACAGUCAAGUUUGACCACGUCAAUGAAUUUACAGUGAAUAUCAAUGAAGAAUUCAUUGAACAUUGUUCUGAAGGUGCUUUGUCUAUAGAGGUGUGGGGCAACAGAAGUGCAGGUUUCUCUAAGCACAAACCAGGCUGGGAGGUAGUGGAGCAACAGUUGGCAACGGCGCGAUCCCUUCUAGAUCGUUGGUCAGAGUUGACUCGAAAAAUAGAAUUGUGGGUUGAAAUUCAGGAGUUGAACGAUCAGGGAGAAUAUGCUGCCGUUGAGGUGAACAUGAGAAAUGACAUGCUUACAGGAGGUAUCUAUCAAUUGCGUCAAGGGCAACAAAGGAGGAUCCAGGUCAGAGUGAAGCCAGUACAAAACUCUGGGACGUUGCCUAUCAUAUGCCAGCAAUUAAUCAAAAUUGAAGUGGGAGGUGUUAUGGUCAGGAACAGGUUGCAGAAAGCUUUGGACUCAUACCAAGAAGAAGAUCUCACCAUUCUCAGGGAAAAAUGGAACGACGCUUUGCAAAAGCGAAGACAGUACUUGAAUCAACAGUUACAGAAUCUGCUGCAGAAGGCAGACAAGUCCGAGCAAGAUGCUGAAAGGGAGAGAAGUCUUAUGGAGCAACUCGUAAAUUUGACAGAAGAAAGUAAUGCCGUAUACAUUCCACAGCCUGGUACUGGCAUUCCAGGGGCUCCAGCUAUGUGGAGUCCCCCAUCAGGGAUGGAACCUCAUGUUCCUGUUCUCUUUUUGGAUCUCAAUGCUGACGACCUUUCAACCCAUCCCUCUGGAGAGGAAGUGACAAUAGCUGGUGUAAACUCGAUUCUUCCUAAAGAAGACGGAAGACAAUUUUAUACCUUACAAAUUCUUAAUCAUUUGGAUAAGGGACGUGUGUGCAAUAGCUGCUUGGGAUUCGUCAAUACACGACAGUCCUUACUUGAACAAAGUAACUGAAGCCAACGAAAGAGUUUAUAUGAUUCUACGUGUCACAGUCAGACUAUCCCACCCAGCACCUAUGGAUCUAGUGUUACGGAAAAGAUUAGCAAUAAAUAUAUACAAAAGGCAAAGUAUUGCGGAUAGGAUCAAAAAUCAAAUAAAGUCAAAAAUAGUGAGAACAGAUCUAGUUACUUCCUGUGGAGUUACUUAUUUAGUAGUUUCCAAUGUACCUAAAGCAAGUGAGGAACUAGAGGGUAGGGAAAGUCUCGCACAGCUAGCUGCAUCUGUUGAAAAUUCAUCUAUGUGUGACGGGGAAACAUAUAUAGAGAAGUAUACUAGAGGGGUGAGUGCUGUUGAAAGUAUACUGACACUAGACCGUCUAAGACAAAACGUGGCUGUCAAGGAGCUAUUGCAAGCCAGAGGUCAACCUCUGAUGAGAAAGACUGUCAGUGUA